AUGCGCGACUUUUUGUUUCCAGAUCUUCACCUCUUUAAAGAUCCCUUCAACAGCACCGCGAUCCCGGGGAAGGGCGGCAGGGCUCCGUCUCACGGCGGCUUUCGGAGCCGCUCCGGCACCAUAAAUCAAACACCCCCAUCCCCCCCGCCCGGUCUCUCCGUUUCAAACCUCAACAAUCAGCAGCCGCGGAAAGAGCGCACAAAGGCGCGGGCCGGCCCGGGGGGCUCUGCCCGCGCAGGGAUGCGGCGGGGGGGGCGGCCAAACCCAACGCCGCGCCCGCCCCCGUUACAGAAGCGUUUCCCCAGAACCGGGGGGCCCCGCCGCCCACCCCCGCACGCCCCCGGGCACGAAGUUCACGGGACAACCGGGGCUCCGCCGGGGCGGCGGCGGCGCCUCCCCCGCCCGCCGCGCCGCCCCCGGCCCACCGGGACCCCUGCGGGGGCGGCCGUACAGCCUUCCGGGGCUGAGGGACCGAGGGAGCCGCGGAGCCGCUCCCAGCACAACGGGCUCUCCUCCGACACCCCCGCGCUGCCACCGCGGGCCCCGGUGAGGAGCGGAGGGGAGGAAACCCCCGCGGCGGCCCCGCAACGCGGGGAGCGGCCAGAGGCGGCCAAACAGACGCGACACCAAGCGAAAGGGCAGAGCAGGACUUACUCUCUGUCGCGCUCGAUCCUCCCGCGGGCUCCUGGAAGUCUCCGCCGCCGGCCCCGCCGCCCGCCGCUUUCUAACUCACAGCCGCCAUCUUUGCCCUCCCUCCCCUCACAGGGAGGGGGGGCCGGGGGCCGCCCGCACCACGUGACCCGGGCCGCGCCUCCCUCCCCCCGCCGCGGCGCGCGCGCUCCCCGCCCACGUGACGCCGCCAGCCAGCGCCCGCCGCUGGCGCGCGCUCGGCACCACGUGACCCGCCCCCCGCCCGCGGGCUCCCCGGUCCCACCGCCGCCGCCGCCGGGCCCCGGCGCGCGCUCCCCGCUCGCCCCCGCCACGUGA